UGCAUUUCGCGCCGACAAGCGGAAAAGGCAGAAGAGGAAACUUUCAGGGGAGUCGCCGUUUCGAGGCGUCCCUGAAGGCAUCAUUGCCUGGCAACGGAGAGUUUCUGCGGCGGAAACUUUUUCUGACAAAAUGCCGAAAAAGAAGGAGAAGAAAACCGGUGAGAAACAAGAAGAAACCAAGAAAACACCGAACAAGAGCAGCUCUGAAACUCCUGCAGAUAAAACCAGUGCUGACGACAAGGAAAAGGAUUUAUACCUGACUCAGAUAAAAUAUCUGACGGAGCAGUUGGAGAGAUAUCAGCAGAAAUGUGAUGAACUUGAGAGGCAGAAGAAGGACUUGAUCUCACAGAGCAGCACACUGGAGAAAGAGAAGAAGGACAUUGUUGAGUACCUGAAACGCUCCCUGCUGGAGAAGGAGGACGAGGUGGACGAGCUGUCAGAGCGGCUGGAAAAUCAGCGACGGGCAGCAGAUCAGGAUAAAGAUGCUCUGCAGCUACAGCACAACCACAUGAGGAAAGAACUCCAAGACAGAAUGGAUGAACUCACUAAAGAAAACACGACACUUGUGGAGAGACUUUCCAGUCUGGAGGAGUUUCAGAGGCAGAAGGCGGAGCUGAUGUCCAACAUGGAGUUUCUGGAGAAGCAGCUGGAGAAUCAGAAGGAGAAGCACAAAGACGACAUCCACAGCCUGGAGAUGAAAACACUGCUGGAAAAGAGGAGACUGGAGCAGGAGAUGAAAGACCACGUGGCAGUGAUGGCAGCAGAAGUGCAGCAACUGGUGGACCAGAAGGUUCCAGAGACGACCAGGUCGGUUCUUCGGGAGAACGUGGAGGUGAAGAACCAUCUCAGCCUGCUGUCAGAGCAGACGCGGGUCCUGAUGGAGGAGAACGCUGCCCUGAGGGGUCGAAAGAGUCGACUCAGCGUCGACGUGGACAUCCUGGAACAAAUGCUAAGCGAGACGUCACGAACAAGCUGCAUCCGCAAGAAGGUCGUGGAGCAGCUCACAGAAAAGUGUCAGCAGCUGCAAACAGAGCAGAAAGAAUCCAGGCAGCAACUAGAGCAGCUUCAGAACAAACACACAGCAGACCUGGCUGAGAUGGAGACACUCAGAUGGGACCGGGCCUCGCUGUCGGAGCAGUGCAGUAAAACCAGAGCUGAGGUGAGUCGGCUGGAGGCGGAGCUACAGGAGGAGAGGAGGAGGAGGAGCAGGAUGAAGAGCAUCAUGGAGGAAGCUGCCGACAAUCUCAGACAAGCCCUGAUGGAGUCGUCCACCGAUCAGGACUCAGAGCAGAACUCGUGGAAGCAGCUGAUGCAGAAGCUGCUGGUGGUUUUGGAAAGACGCAGAUUCACCAACUCCACUGCUGAGAACGACCGACUGAACGAGCUGCAGAACUCCGACUCUGCAGCAGCCAAAACAUUAACUCUGGAUCCAGAGUUGAGUUUCCAGUUCCAUUUGGCUCGCUACAGGCCGGGAGACCUCGGCUUUAUCCCCCGACCUGCACCGAAACACAAAAACACACUUUACAGGACGGCAGUUACGUCCAGCAGCACACAUGUUCCUCUGCACAGGAAACCUUCCAGCCAGAAGACCAUCAGCUCCGUUAAACUGGCCGACUCUGCUGUCGGGUUGUUGAUCUCCAAACACCCCAGACUCAAAUGACAGUAGCCAGACUCAUUACCUGAACACUGUAGAAGCCUUUUGUUAUGUUACAGCAAAAACUAACGCAAAAUACACACAUUUUGUGCUAGAAAUGUUCAAAAAAUGUCUCAGUUGUCUACAGUGAUUAGUGGAAAUUACCAAAUCUAUGAUGCCAUGCCACAGCCAACGCAGAAGGCUCUUAUUUGUCUUUUUUGAGUUGCCUUAUCUCCUCUGUUUUCCAUCCUCUUGCCUGUGAACUUGAAAUUCAUCACGAGAAAAGAGGUGGUUUGACAAAGGAGGUAUGAUUGAGGACGUACAGGUUUAUCCUCACAUAUAAAAGAGGCGAGACACAAAGCUGGAAUAAAAAAAACAUGUUGGAUACAGGGCUUACAAAGUAGGUCACAGGACUUUUUUGUCUGUCGGAGCUCUUUCAUUGUUAAUGGCAGCAGAAAUCCACAUUCUUGUCACAUUAAUCCUCGUUGUGAACUGAAUUAGAAGUCUGCUAAUCGUAAUGCAACAAUAGAAGACGCCAUAGUUACCGUGCAUCGCUUUAAAACGACGGUUCUGAAGCGAGGACGUCUCGUUCUGUUGAAGAUUUGUUUCCUCGACUGCUCAGAUGCAACGAGAGAGAAGUAGAGGAAAGAAAUCAAGAAUAUAUCAAGGGAAAACUGGAAAAUGGGAGUGAAUCUGCUUCCAGGCAACUAGAUUUAACAUUGAACUGUUAGAGUAGCUUCGUAAUAUUUUCGUGCUUCUGUAAAAACUAUGAUUUAUGAAUAGAAAAUCAGAAAUCACAGUUUUCAGAGCAGCUGUUCUGUUCUUUAAAAUUAAAUAUAACCAUUGACUGUUAUUAAAAGGUGAAUUAUUGUCAUUGUUAAAGAUAUUUCUGCUUUGUGUUAUUGGUCCUGUAUCUUUACUACUUUUUGUGUUACGUGUUAUAUAUAUGUUGUUUUUGAUCAGCUUAAAUAAUAAAUCUGGUACAAAAAA